AGUGAAAUAAUUAGAUUUGCCAAACAGCAGUGUGAAAGUUAAAGACCCAAGAGUAAAUGUUGUAGGGUUCUCAGAGAAACUUUCUGCAGCCAUUAACAAGAUAACAGUUGGAAAACCCACCAUGAGCAUUGAAAAUAUGGUUGACAAAGCUGUUGAUCUUGGUCUGUCUGUGGACGAAUGCACAAGUGAUGACCAAAAGGAAACCGCUGAGAAGAUUGUCAAAGGAAUUGGGGUGAGGAAGAUACCAGAUUACAAGAGAAAACAACUUCCUCUGCAAGGCGCUGACUGGAAAAGGUUAUCGCAGUUAGAGAAAGAGGAAUGUAGGUUGAAAACACAUGGUAACCUAGAACCAGAACAAUAUAAAUCUCAGCUGCAGAGAGAAAAACAACAAAUCAAGGAGAAGCUUGGCAAACAAAAACUAUCAGAUGAUAUGAACACUUUCAUUAAACAGUUACCUAAAAAUGACAGCAAGAACAGAGAUUUUUUCCUUAAGUGGAUGAAACUCAAACUGGAUGCACAUUCCCGGGAUCAGCUAUCUUCACUCCGCCAUCAGUGGACAGAACAAAGCAAAAAAAAGGACAAAGAUGUGAAAGAGAUUGCAAAGCUGGAUCAGGAGUUGCUGGAAAGCUCUUUAGGGAUAGAGCAUUACAUGAGAGAGAUGGGACUGAUCUAUGAGUUUUCAUUGCAGUCACAAAACUCUGCUGAUGAAGUACAUCGUCUCCCUGGUUUGGCAGCUGAACUGCUGUUGGAUGGAUAUCCUUUAGAGCUCUUGGAUGGAGAUGCUUCCAACAUCCCAGAGAAAUGGGUGAGAGAUGUACUAAUGGAGCAACACAGGAAGGUUGGAGAGAAGAGCAGACUGUUGGUACUGACCGUGUUGGGUCUCCGAAGUUCUGGGAAGUCAACACUCCUCAACACCAUGUUCGGUGUGCAGUUUGCAGUCAGCAGUGGCAGAUGCACAAGGGUAGCGUAUAUGCUCUUCCUCAGAGUAAGUGAUGAUAUACAACACCAGCUGAACUGUGACUUCAUAGUUCUCAUUGACACAGAGGGCCUCAAGGCUCCUCAGUUGGCACAACUAGAAGACAGUUAUUGGCAUGACAACCAGCUGGCAACCUUUGUCAUUGGUUUAAGUGAUGUCACAAUUAUCAAUGUUGCAUCAGAGAACUCCACAGAAAUGAAAGAUAUCCUGCAAAUUGGAAUCCAUGCAUUCCUGAGAAUGAAGAAAAUUGGUAAAAAGCCAAUUUGUCAUUUUGUGCACCAGAAUGUUGCUGGAGUCUCUGCUCAUGCAAGGACCUUGACGGAGAGACAGCAUCUCUUGGACCAACUCAAUGAAAUGACUGAAAUUGCUGCAGAAAUGGAAAAGAAUCCCUCUAUAAAGAGAUUCACAGAUGUGCUGGACUAUGACAUAAAAGAAAACAACUGGAACAUCCCCGGACUCUGGCAUGGGACUCCACCGAUGGCAUCAGUGAACACAGGUUACAGUGAAGCUGUAGCAGAUUUCAAGAAAAACCUCUUGGAGACAGUGAAAAAAGACAAAACCGGUGAUGUUUCACAGAUUCCAGAGUUUCUAGAAUGGGUAAGAAGUCUCUGGAAAGCAGUCAAAUAUGAGAACGUCAUCUUCGGUUUCAGAAACACUCUUGUGGCUCAGGCUUAUGACAACCUUUGCAAGGAGUUCAGUCAAUGGGAAUGGAAAUUCAAAAAAGACUUGAUCUUUUGGCAGGAUGGGGCAAAGUUAGAGAUCUUAAAUUAUGACAACAAAACACAUGUGAACACUUGGAAGACAUUGGUUGCCUCAAAAAAAACACAGUUGAUCGCCAAAAUAGAGGGUGGACGAACAGAAAUGGACGAGAAACUUGAUGACUACUACAAAAGGAAAGACAUACAUGUGAAUCUUGUAGAGAAAUACAAAAUUGACUUUAUCAACCGUAUCAGAAGUCUUAAAGACGAUUUCCAACAUUCAGUAAACAAUGCAUUGGAUUGUGCGCUUGAAGAAAAAAUAAGUUCAAAAGAGGCUCAGGACAUUCAAAGCAAACAGAGAGAAAUUAUUGAAAAAUAA